AUGUCUUCCGAUAACUGCGCUCCAGAACCGUCAAUGCUCAGAGCGAUAGGAACUCCGUUCCGAGUGAGUAUUGUGACCGUUCUAAAAAAUUUCAAUGAAAUAAUUCAUUUACUCAGUUUUCAGUGGAUCAAAAGAAAAGUGUUCAAGGAGAGAGAGACCGGGAGCUCAGAAUCUCCGAGAACGACGCCCAAGCCUGAACCCACCUCGAUCAGCCAAGGAAAACAGUUCCGGCUUGAUCAGUUCCGUCUGGUCAGUGUCCUUGGCAGUGGCGGAUACGGCAAAGUCUUGCUUUCUGAGCACACACCGUCCAAAGCCUAUGUAGCGCUGAAGUUCGUUGAGAAAAGCAAUAUGCUGGAAAACAAAGAGUUCUUCGGACAUUUAAAGAUGGAGCAACGGGCGCUCCGAACUGUGGCUCACGAAAAACAUCCGUUUCUGAUGAACUAUCACGGAUGUUUCCAAACUCCGGAUCACGUCAUCUUCUGUCUGGAGUACUGCGGCGGCGGAGAUCUGUGGCAGCGCCUCCGAAACGGUCCGAUGAAGGAGAAGGACGUGCGGUUCUACGCGGCGUGCGUAACCCUCGGGUUGCAGUUCCUCCACGAGCACGGCUUCACUCAUCGGGACCUCAAAAAAGAGAAUAUACUUCUGGACCGUCGUGGAUUCGCCAAAAUCUGCGAUUUCGGACUGUGUGAGUAUCGACCCUUUGCAAAAUCCGUAAUGACUUUCAUCUGCGGAACACGCUGCUACAUGGCUCGUAAGUUUCUUUGCGUUUUAUAAAGUCUGCAAGAGAAUAAGUUUCUUUUUCAGCCGAACUUCACAAAAAACAGCCGUACACUCGCGCCGUUGACUGGUGGGCCAUGGGAAUUCUAAUUUACGAGAUGAUUUUCGGGAGGGCAGCAUUCGGAGGGCUCAAUGUGAAGGAAUCGAUCAUCUACGACAAUGUCACUUUUCCCAGAGAAGCGUACGCUUCGGAAGCAGCUUGGUUCAUCAUUCGAAAGGUUCGCAACUGAACAGGACCGCCAAGAUCAACGGGACCGCUUUGUUUUUCAGUUGCUCACAAAAAACCCGGAAGAUCGUUUGGGAUACGGCGAGCGUGGAGCAGAGAUGGUCAAAAAUGCCGAUUUCUUUCUCGAUAUCAAGUGGGAUCAACUGCUGAACCGCACGGUCCGCCCUCCUUUCGUGCCAAAGAUAGUGCGUUUUUAUACUUUUAGUUCUGGAAUAGAGUUGUUUUUGAGAGUGCUCCUGACGACGUGAGAAACUUCGACUCAAAGUACACUCGCCGGAGCGUCUAUUUCACAGCUAAACGACAAAUUCCAGAAAGUUCGCAGCACAUUUAUCGCAGUUUUGUUGACACUUUGGAAUAA